UCUCAUUUGUUUCAAAAUUCUCUUACAUUUUUAUUUGUCUCACCUUCUCCUUCAUUAAUUUCACAUAUACACUUAUAGUCACACACAUACAUAUUUAAGGAGAAACAUCUAUAUGGCGGAAUUGGAAUAUCGCGCAGGUUCUAAUACUAGUGGACGAUUAAAAUUAUUUGGUUUCAACGUUAUAGAAGAUCAGGAACAAGAGGUUGAGUCUACAAAAACGUCAUCGGGGUCACCGGAAUCCGGUGAGUUUCCGGCGAUCGAUGGCCGGAAAUAUGAGUGUCAAUAUUGUUCUAGGGAAUUUGCAAAUUCACAAGCUUUAGGUGGACAUCAAAAUGCUCACAAAAAAGAAAGGCAACAAUUGAAACGUGCCCAAAUUCAAGCUAGUAGAAAUGCUUAUAUGAGGAACCCGAUUAUCUCCGCGUUCGCUCCGCCAUCUCACCUACUCACUCCGCCGGGUACUGUGGUGUACCCGGCGGGGUCAAAUCCAUCGUGGGUUUAUGUACCACGCGCUCCACCAUCCUUCCAUGUGUCACAUGGAGGGAGAGGUGUAACGAACUUUCACUAUAUUGGCGGUAUAGCGGAGCCCAACUUAACAAGUGUUGGGCCUCAACAUGUUAAGGCCCAUGGUGGUAGAGUUGAUGGAAAUAAUGGGCCAUCAUUGAGUAGUUUCUCUAGACCGGAUUUUGGGCCCAAUUGUGAUGACCCGUUUGGAUUGGAUCUACAUCUAAGCCUUGCGCCAGCCGGGUCAUAGAAAUAUCGUUUACUGGCCACUCGUUUUUUCUACCUUUGAAAAAUAGUUAUCGUCAUAAAAUUUCAAAUUUCACCGUUGAAAUUUCAAGACAUUUCAACUAUGUCUUUGAAAAUUAGCCAAGAUUUCAAAUCUCACAAGUGAAAUUUUCGAAUUUCAAUUAUAAGAACUGAAAAGUGUCUAUUUGUGAAUUUAUGUCGGCUCACGGCUUGGCUUGGAUAUAAUCUAUAGGAGAGUAGAAUUAUAAUUUAUCCUAAAAAUGGGAUCUUGUACAUGAUCAAAUUAUUUAUUUAGUUUUUCAAUAUAUCAAAGAAAAAAAAUUUCAUUAUGUG